AUGCAGCCCUCAACAGGCGUCCCUGCAAUUGCAGGCAGAACUCCCAUUGCUUGCCUCAACUGUGCGAGCGCGAAGACUGGCUGUGACAAAACGGUACCAUGUUCGCGGUGCGCAGAAAAGAACCUGCCCUGCGAGGCCCGUUUUGCUCGACGACAAGCAAAGAUAGGAGCACGAUCAAAGAGCUUCUCCAACAUCCCCGCACAACAACAGCGAUCUUCACCUCCAAUAUCACACAAUUCGGUGCCCGAAAUCCCGAAGCAAGAGAGUGAACCACCGAUGCCCUCAAAUAACAAUGUUCUAGACCCGCAAUUGCAGGGGGUCUCGCAGGCAGAGACGGAUUUUUCCAUGCCCGCUCUUCAGAUGCCUGGUGGUAGCUAUGGGACUCCACCGAAUGGGACGCUCCAUGGUCACGGUAUGGAUACCAUGUGUCUUGAUAAUGAUAUGGAAGUCUAUCAUGACUUUGGUCUCUGGAACUCGUACCCACCAGACAUAGACAGCAUGUUCCCUGGCAGUGGGAUGGAAGCGCAAAUGUCUUUGCCGUCGUUCAUCGACAUGGGCACAAGUUCUUCAGCAUCAGAUGCCAUGGCUUCCACAUCCAUGGACACGUCGUUAUCCACACAUACCCGAUCCACCAGUAUCGCAUCCCACUCUGAUCGUCAUGGCAGCCAAUCCGUAGAGAUGGCUAUGCCUAUCUUACUGAGAGAUACCAUGGUGCCCGAGUUCGAAGUCGUCGUUGCAGCAGAAGCUGCAUGGCCACUUGCUCGAUGCAACCGACCGAUCUUCUCUGGUUCCUGUCCUCGAACAGCCAUCGUGCACCUCGAGAACCUGGAACAACAUUCCAAGGAUUCGAGCACGUGGAAACUGCUCGACCACAACAUCGCAACUGCGGAAGUGGAUCACAAAUAUGAGAUAUCAGUAGUACCACUAAAUGCCAGCUCAAGAGAUAGGAUACUUGCCAUCACACAAGGUUUCCUCCAUACUGCGCUCGAGACGCACAGAGGUGGAUUGCAGAGAUGGCGACAAGCGUCGAUUCCUGGUGGCUUCAACUUCCUUGUUCUUCCCCCUUCGAGAGUGCUUGAGUACUUUUUGCGCAGCUAUGUGCUCAGUCUUGCUCCGUACUAUACGUUGGUGCACGGUGGCACUCUCGAUCCCAAUGAGGUGAUGCUCAACAACCAAGCGUCGACUCUUCUCCUGCUCUUGGCUAUCGCCUAUGGUGCAGCUGCUCUUCCAACAGCAGAAGCACGAUGCUUAACAGCAGGCUUGACAGAGACUUGUCGCAUCUCGCUCUUCCACAUCAUCGAGAAGGAUGUCGAGCUCUCGGCUGAUCCAGUCGUCUUGCGAUGCGCGCUUCUCUUCACCAUCCUCGGAGCCUGGAGCGGCGAUGCGUGGCAUAUGAACAUUGCGAUGGGACAACGCGGAAUGUAUCUCGCUAUGCUGAAGCAUGCGGGUAUGUUGGAGCCAGCACCACCAAUGAAUUUCUCCAACCUGUCCACAAGCACCGAACUGAUAUGGCGAGAAUGGCAACAACGAGAGGGCAAGAGCCGACUGGUCUACAAUUGGGUGAUGGUCGAUCAGGAAUUAAGCCUGUUUCAUGAUACUGCACCUAUCCUGUCUAUCACGGAGUUGGAGACACCGAUGCCCGGCUCUGAGGCCUUAUGGCUUGCCAAAGACUCUUCCGAAUGGCUCACUGCGCUCCAGCAGCAGCAACAACAUCAGCAUCAGCACGCUAGUCCCUCGUCCGGAGCCAAUGGAGGUGGAGCAGAUUGGAUGAACCCUAAUUCUAAUUCGCUUGGAGUUCCGCCACUGACCCCGUCGCUCUGUGAUCUGUUUCAAGAUAUGCUCCAUGACAACAUCAACAGACGAUACGAUAAGCUCUCACCACUCCAGCUGAAGCUUCUCCUGCACCCUCUCCAGUCUCUCCUCUGCCACCUUCGCCAAGUGCUCAGCUGCUUCUCCGACUUCUUCGGAUCGCGGCGCGGGACGAGAACGGUCACCAAAGCCUCAACCCUCCUCCGUCUCGAGGAAGUACAGUCACUCCUUCAGAACUGGUACGAACUCUGCCUCGUACACGCAAAGAACGACCCAACAUGUCCCGUCACCAGAGCCAACCUCGUCCUCUAUCACCUCAUCUCCCUCAACGCCCUCACCUCCUUCCCCGAAAUCGAGCGCCUGGCACGAAAGGAGUCCUUUGACGGCUCCAGCCGCGAGCUCUCCAUCAGACACAAACGCUGCAUCCAUCAACCAGAAGAAGCCACCAUCCACUGCGGCCAGAUCAUCCGCCUCAUCUGCUCCAUGCCGCGAGAAGGCCGUCCGCACUGGUGGUCUGCAGCCAUCUACCGCGCGGCUCUGAUCCUCUGGGUCGAUUCCCUGUCUCGCAUGGAUCAGAACGCGCAACGGUUAGACAAAGGGCAAAUCUUCGCGAUAGACAGCGUGAUGCUUGAUGAUCCGGCCGUCGUCUCGUACCUCUGGAGCGGCGAGGGCAUUCCCGUGUUGACGAAAGUCGGCGCAGGAAUGAACGGACAAACGCAUUUUAAACUUCUCCCAGACGAGAUUUUGGGUCAUAGUAUCGAGUUACUGGGGCAAGGGGUCGCGUUACGGGUCUCGGAUGGGAUUAAGAGGAAGUUGCAGGAGUUGAGGAAGAAUUGGAGUUUGGAGUCUACUGUUGUUGUUGCUCAUAUGUAA